CAUCUGUAUUUCUUAUAGAGAGUUAGAACGUUUUAGAGGUUUUGUCUACCACACAGAAAAGGUUUUCGAUAAACAAGAUAAUGAGAAUUAACCAGAGCGUUUUAUAUUUCACUUUUCAUUUCAUCUGCUUGUUCUUCAAAGUAUCUGCACAAUGUGAAAGUUUAGACAUUCAAAUGGCGACUAAAUUGAUUGCAAACUCGAGGUUCAAUAUUACAUUCAUGAGUUACAAUACGAUUGGGAGGAAUUUAUGUAUAAAGGAAUGUCUGAAGUAUCCCGCGUGUCUGUCCGUUAAUUUUGAUAGAAGCCAUUUGAAAUGUGAACUGGUCAGCUUUUCCAGUGAUGUCAAUCAUGUUUAUUUACUCGAGGAUUCAAGAUUUGAACACAUCGUUAUCAACAAGACCGCAGAUAUAUCAACAGACAAUGAAAUGAGCAAGACUACAGUUCGCGGAAAGUGUAAUGAAUUAUUUCACAAAUGUGUUUUGACAAAGUCAGUAGGAAGACGCUGUUUACCAGAAGGUAAGCGAUGGAGUUUUCAUAACAUUGCAAGGAACAAGACCAUUCAUUCGAGCUCAGUUUGGAGUGAUAACCUGCCUCAACGUGGACCGCAAUACCUAAUUGAUGGCAUCCGGACGGCAAUCAAUCAUUACUGCGCGGCCACCAAGACGGAGUCACAGCCAUGGUUUGCAGUCGAUCUACAAAAUGUGUAUCAAAUUGACCACGUUCUAGUUUAUACUGGAUGGAAUAACGGUGAACCUUGUAACACAUACCAAGUAAGAGUGGGCGUGACCACAACAUGGAACGAAAUGACGUCAUGUGGAGUGGGAUCACAGGCACAGGACGAAACUAUCGUCUGCAAGGAUUGUCUCCUGGGACGCUAUGUUCAACUUCAGCUUACAUCGACAGAUGCUAGCUGUCAUAUUGUAACAUGCGAAAUAGAAGUUGUUGGAAGCUUAAUAUAAGCGGAGGCAAAUGUUUACUUUGUUUAUUAAAAUUCAAAAUCAUUGAUAAGACACAUGAGUAUAGGUAGUUUAUAAUGCGAGAAUAUCAUUAAAUUAAUGCUUGUUUCGAAGACAUCUGCUGUAACUAAGUCUGCGUUUCUUUGUACAUUGAGUAUAUCGUGGUACUUAAAUAUUGUAUGUCCUGAAUUUGUCUCGUUGUGUUGAAUACCCGGGAUGUGUUUAAGUUGGACAUUAUUACCUAUCGAUUUUCUAUUCAUAUUUACCUCUCAUAAUUUCGGAACAUUCGGCAAUAUACUUUAUAACUUACGUGUACACGGACGUGUUCGUAUUAUACUUUAUAACGUACUUGUACACGGACAUGUUCGAAUUAAUAUUUUUGAAGAAGAGUUUAAAGAAUAGUUAAAAUGUACUGUAAAGCAAUGAUAUUUCUUCAACAGCGAUUUAAACAUCCAUGGUUUGAGUGUAUAUCAGAGCAUCGGGUAUCCUAGACUUACAGGUUUCAGAAAUCGCUUCAUUUUCAUAACUGAAUAAUAUAUAAACUUAGCGAAUGGCUGAGGUUUUUGUUAUCUUGGUAAUAUUUCUAUCAAGAAGUGGACAUUUUAAUAAUGCAAAGAAACAUUUAACAGAACAAGCAUCAGACGCUUUUUAUGGUGUAUUACGUAAGAUUCGUUAUUUCAAUUUAUCAAUUGAUUGUCAGUUAGACAUGUUUGAUAAAGUCAUCAACCC